GGUUGAGCAAGUCUGCUGUUAUCUGGCGGCUCUUGCCACUACAACUACCACCAUCCUGUCUUGUCUGUUACUGCCUUCACAUCGGAACAAUAUAUUCGACUAUUUUUGGAUCAAGAAAUACCAUUCUUAAACAUUUCCUCGCAUCACACCAUUCUUCACCACCAACUCUACAACGAAAUCUGCCGCCUUCAAACUAACCAAACACAAAGGUAUUUUGCAUACCGUGUGAAACCUAAUGCUAAGGCUAAACCAAAACUUGUUAUCUCCUGCCAAGAAACUCAACCUGAACUGGGUUUAUAUUAAAGAAACACUCUAAAUCCAAUAUUUGCACCCUUCCACCCACACGCUUCACCUCGAAGCCAUGAAAAUUAUGGCUACCCGUUCACUGGGGUGUCCAGGGACGUGGGUGAGUGUGGGCGUGCUGCUGUGGGUGGUGGCAAUGAGCCGCCCCUGCUUUGCACGCUUCACCGUCUACUGGAACUCUCCGACAGGAAACUGCGCCAAGUUCGGUGUCCAUAUCGACGCCUCAGCCUUCGGCAUCGUCCAGAACACUGAUGAUGUCUUUUAUGGUGAUAAGGUGACGAUAUUUUAUAACCCCGGGGCGUUUCCGUAUCUGAAUAACAGCACGGCAGUGAACGGCGGGAUCCCUCAGAACGGCAACCUGACUCAUCACUUGCAGGUGUUCACUGACAAAGUUCACCAACAGAUGCAAGUUAACUUUUCAGGUGUAGCUGUGCUUGACUUUGAGACAUACUACCCCAGCCUGGAUAUGAGUUUACCCGAGUAUCGCCAGGCGUCCAGAGAGUGGGUGGUUGACCACUACCCAGAACUUCCUCCCACCGAGGUAGACGAACUCGCCGAGGCCACCUUCAAUGCCACCGCCAGAGACUUCUUUGAGGUGCUGUUGUGGCAGGGUCGUCAGCUACGUCCUGGGGCACUCUGGGGUUACUACCACUACCCGUACUGCCACAAUUACAACCCUGGGACCGCCAACUGCAAGUCAACGGUGAUGGAGCACAAUAACGAGAUGCUGUGGCUUAUCCAGAUGAGCUCAGCUCUAUAUCCCAGCAUCUACAUCUUCAAGGACAGCGGUUGGGACCCCGCUACUCGUCGUCUCAACGCUCAAGGACGCCUCGGUGAAGCCAUCCGUAUGAGAGAACGAGCUGGGGUCAACAUCCCCAUCCUUCCCUACUUCUGGUACAGGUACCACGACUCUGAGAGUUACUUGUCCCCCUUGGACGUAGUCAACACCCUGGGCUACACUAAGGUGCUGGGACUGGAGGGAGCCGUUGUCUGGGGUUCCAGCGAAGAUGUUGCCACCAAGGAACAGUGUCUGUCUCUCAAGGAGUACGUUGAGGGUCAACUGGGUCCUUUGGUGCAGUACCUGGAGAAUCUCCCCCAGGUCACUCUUCGCUAUGUCAUCAAUUCUAAGAAACUACUCAAGAGAGUGGCCAAGAAGGCUCUCAAAGCAGCCAAGAGACGAUCAUCAUCAGUCACAAAGCUGUAGUUCUCUAGUGAUAUACUUUUGUACGUGGAGGGACUGACACACUCACUGGCUCCUUGAUUGAACUACUUUACAUAACAGUGUCAGUGACAGAAUUAAUAGUUAGUUCCACUCUUGAAAAAUCUUCCAGUUGUUCCUACAAUAAUGUUCACUAUCACCUUUAACAAAGUUAGUGUUUCAUAUCACGUCACAGUGUCCCAUGUCACAGCUUAAACCUUGCGCUUUUAAAUAAUUAAAAUAAUUGUAUUUCCCUUCAAAUACACUGUAUAUUAUACAGAAACAAUCUCUAGUUAACACAGAAUCGUUUAGUUAAUACACAAGACAGAGGCUCCGUACAUCUUCAAUAUUAAGCAAUCUUGAGAAUUUCUGAAUGUCAAGAACUGACCCCGCAACCGUGCCAUAGUCGAGAUAAAUACAACACAAAUAAUGAAAUAGCAGAUUAAAUGACUGACAAAAGUUACCCCUGGCAUGACAUGGACUUAGUUAAUCCGGUUUAGAUUUAUGUGAUGUGGAUUUACGUAAUUAGAUUGCAUUUGACUGGGAUAUAUUUAACUACCGCUUAUUUAAAUGAGACUUUCUCUGCUGGAAUUUUGGUCAACACAGGGAUGUAUUUUUGUGAAUAAUUCUGGUGACGAUAUACUGGCUACUGUGAGGGGAAGUAUUGUUAUUAUUGUUGUUAUGCUUUUACAAGAGAUGUUGAACUUACUGUUCUCUCUGCGA